CUCCCUCAGCACAUUGUUCAGCUGCUGCCGGCGACCACAGACACACACACACAGACAGACAGACAGACAGACAGGCCGACAUACAUACAGACAGAUAGACAGACCGACAGACAGACAGAAAGGUCUCCGGUGUGUGUGUCUGUGUGUCUGUGUGUGUGUUGGCUCUUUGUGUGGAUCAGCGGGCGGUGACUGAUGGAUCCACCGGCUCGAACAUAAACCGAGACAAAGACACAGAGAGAGACAGACAGGCGGUCACACGGACAGACAGACAGACAGACAGACUGACAGACGCUAUGACCAGAGGCACGCGCCGCUGGACGGACACGCACGAGCUCAGGUAGCCCAGCGACGAGGUAAGGCAGCGUAUGGUUGGUGGUUGCCAUGGUGCCAAGGCCGUCGUCAGGGGAGCUGUGGGGGCUCCACCUGAUGCCCCCCCGCAUCCUAGUGGACUGCUGCCUACCCAACGGGAUGAUGGUCAGUCUGGAGUGUCUCAGAGAAACUCCUCUCAUCAGCAUCAAGCAGCAGCUCUUCACUGAGGCCAGGAAGUACCCGCUGUACCACCUGCUGCAGGAGGAGUCAUGUUACAUCUUUGUGGGCGUGACCCAGGAGGCAGAGAGGGAGGAGUUUUAUGAUGAGACAAGGCGACUGUGUGACCUGCGACUGUUUCACCCAAUCCUGAAAGUCAUAGAGCCGCUUGGCAACCGUGAAGAGAAAAUUCUCAACCGGGAAAUAGGGUUUGCCAUCGGGAUGCCGGUGUGUGAGUUCGAGAUGCUGAAGGACCCGGAGGUUCAGGACUUCCGGCGCUCCAUACUGAGCGUGUGCAGAGAGGCCAUGGAGGAGAGGGAGGGGGGAGGGGCCCACAGUCAGGCUCUGUACGUUUACCCCCCUAAUGUGGAGUCCAGCCCCCAACUGCCCCAACACAUCUACAGCAAGCUGGACAAAGGGAGGUUGAUUGUGACCAUCUGGGUGAUUGUGUCUCCAUCUAACUCCAAACAGAAAUACACUCUGAAGGUGAGUCAUGACAGUUUACCUGAACAGCUGAUUGCAGAGUCCAUAAGGAAGAAGAGCCGAUCGAUGCACCUGUCGCCUCAACAGCUCCGCCUCUGUGUCCAGGAGUACCAGGGACAGUACAUCCUUAAGGUGUGUGGCUGUGAUGAGUACCUGCUGGAGAAGUAUCCUCUCAGUCAGUACAAGUAUAUCCGCUCCUGUAUCAUAGUGGGUCGUCUUCCUCACCUGAUGCUCGUCUCCAAAGACAGUCUCUACUCUCAGCUUCCUGCCUCUGGCUUCGUCACACCUUCAUACAGUCGUCGCACUCCUCAGCCAUCUCCGUGUCCCGGAGGAGGAGAUGGUUCUCCUGCUCGCUCACUGUGGGCCUUCAACACUCUGCUGAGGGUCCGACUGCUCUGUGCCACCUACGUCAACGUCAACAUCCGAGACAUCGACAAGAUCUAUGUGAGGACAGGUAUUUAUCACGGUGGAGAACCGCUUUGUGACAACGUCAACACACAGAGAGUCCCCUGCUCCAACCCCAGGUGGAACGAGUGGCUGACCUACGACAUCUACCUUGCUGACCUCCCCCGCUCAGCCAGACUCUGCCUGUCUAUCUGCUCGGUCAAGGGACGGAAAGGAGCCAAGGAGGAGCACUGUCCUCUGGCCUGGGGGAACGUUAACCUUUUUGACUACACAGACAUUCUGGUUUCGGGUAAAGUGGCCCUCAGUCUUUGGCCGGUCCCUCAUGGUCUUGAGGACCUUCUGAAUCCCAUCGGAGUUGCUGGUUCAAAUCCCAACAAGGAGACUCCCUGUGUGGAGCUGGAGUUCUCCUGGUUCAGUCAGACCGUCGUAUUUCCUGACGAGCAGCAGAUAGAAGAACACGCUAACUGGACCAUUAGCAGAGAGCUGGGCUACAAUUACUGCCACGGACUGAGCAGUCGUCUAGCCUGUGACAACAGUGUUUCAGCAAGUGAUGCAGAGCAGCUUCGGUCUCUCUGCUCCAGAGAUCCUCUGUAUGAGCUGUCGGAGCAGGAGAAGGACUUCCUCUGGAGACACAGACAUUACUGUGUAAACAUCCCAGAGUCUCUUCCUAAACUUCUUCUGUCUGUCAAAUGGAACUCCAAAGACGAGGUGUCCCAGAUGUACUGUCUGUUGAAGGAGUGGCCUCUGAUGGAGCCUGAGUCGGCUCUGGAGCUGUUGGACUGUAACUUUCCUGAUCCGAUGGUCAGAGAGUUCGCUCUGCGCUGCCUGGUUCAAGGACUGACGGACGACAAGCUGUCACAGUACCUGCUGCAGCUCGUACAGGUGUUAAAGUACGAGAUGUACCUCGACAAUCCACUGGCUCGUUUCCUCAUCAAGAAAGCUCUGACCAAUCAGAGGAUAGGACACUUCUUCUUCUGGCAUUUGAAGUCAGAGAUGCACAACAAGACGGUGUCCCGACGCUUCGGACUGCUGCUGGAAGCUUUCUGCAGAGCCUGUGGCAUGUACCUGAAACACCUUAAUAGACAGGUGGAGGCAAUGGACAAACUGGUGAAUCUGACCGACACGCUGAAACAAGAGAAGAAGGAUGAAACACAGAAAACACAGAUGAAGUUCCUGGUUGAACACAUGUCUCGACCAGAUUACAUGGAGGCUCUGCAGGGAUUCGUCUCUCCUCUGAACCCUGUUCACCAGCUGGGCAGCCUCAGGCUGGAGGAGUGCAGGAUCAUGUCAUCAGCGAAGCGCCCCCUGUGGUUGAACUGGGAGAAUCCUGACAUCAUGUCGGAGCUGCUCUUCACCAACAAUGAGAUCAUCUUCAAAAACGGAGACGACCUGCGGCAGGACAUGCUGACUCUGCAGAUCAUUAAGAUCAUGGAGAACAUCUGGCAGAACCAGGGCCUGGACCUGCGCAUGCUGCCGUACGGCUGCCUAUCCAUCGGGGACUGUGUGGGUCUGAUCGAGGUGGUGAAGAACAGUUUCACCAUCAUGCAGAUUCAGUGUAAAGGCGGCCUGAAGGGGGCGCUGCAGUUCAACUCCAACACACUGCACCACUGGAUCAAAGACAAGAACCGGGGAGAGGGGUACGACCGGGCCAUCGACCUGUUCACCAGGUCUUGUGCAGGUUACUGUGUAGCAACUUUCAUUCUGGGAAUCGGAGACAGACACAACUCCAACAUCAUGGUGAAGGAGAACGGACAGCUCUUCCACAUUGACUUUGGUCACUUCCUGGAUCACAAGAAGAAGAAGUUCGGGUACAAGAGGGAGCGUGUCCCCUUUGUCCUGACGCAGGACUUCCUCAUCGUCAUCAGUAAAGGAGUUCAGGAGUCGACCAAGACGAAGGAGUUCGAGAGGUUCCAGGAGAUGUGUUACAAAGCUUACCUGGCCAUCCGUCAGCAUGCCAGCCUCUUCAUCAACCUGUUCUCCCUCCUGCUGGGCUGCGGCAUGCCCGAACUGCAGAGCUUCGACGACAUCGCCUACCUGAGAAAGACCCUGGCUCUGGAGAAGAGCCAGCAGGAGGCAUUGGAGUAUUUUACCAAACAGAUGAACGACGCUCAUCAUGGAGGCUGGAGCACCAAGAUGGACUGGAUCUUCCACACCAUCAGACACAUGCCCAACGAACACUGACACACACACACACACACACAUUUAUACACAACACACCCAUUGAUAUACAUUUCUAUAUAACACAUAUUCAUACACAACACACACUUUUAUAUACAACACACAUUUAUAUACACCACACAUUUAUACACAACACACAUUUAUACACAACACACAUUUAUACACAACGCACAAAUUUAUAUUCAAACCACACAUUUAUAUCCAACGUACAAAUGUAUACACAACACACAUUAAUACGCAACACACAUUUAUAUACAAACCACACAUUUAUAUGCAACACACACAUCGAGUGAGGGAAGGAUGGAGCGUGAGAUUGACAGGCCGAUUGGUUCGGCAGCCGCAUUAAUGGUCGUUGUAUCGGUCUGUCGUGGUGAAGAGAGAGCGGAGCUGAAAGGUGAAGCUCUCGAUUUACCGGUCAAUCUACGUUCCUACCCUCACCUACGGUCAGGAAGUUUGGGUCAUGACCGAACGAAUAAGAUCCUGGAGUGGCCAAAAUGAGUCUUCUCCGUAGGGUGGCGGGGUGCUCGCUUAGAGAUAGGUGAGGAGCUCUGUCACCUGGGAGGAGCUCGGAGUAGAGCCACUGCUCCUCCACACGCCUUGGGAUCCUGCCGGAGGAGCUGGAGGAAGUGUCCGGGGAGAGGGAAGUCUGGGAGUCCCUGCUCAGGCAGCUGUCCCUGCGACCCGGCCCCAGAUAAGCGGAAGAAGAUGGAUGGAUGGAUGGAUGGAUGGACACAUGUUGAUAUAAAGCACACAAUAAUAUACAACAAACAUUCAUACUCAACACACACAUUUAUGUAGAACACGCAUUUAUAUACAUCACACUGAGUGAACGACUAUCUGAGGGUGAUGAAAACAAUGAUGAUGAUUAGUGCUGGGCGGUACACCAGUUCUCACCGAAUACCAGUGUAUAUUUUUGUUAUGAUAUGAAUUUUUAAUAUACCGCCAUACCGGUUUGAUUACGAAAUGGAUGGAACGCUAUGCUGCACUGCACUGUUUCAGCCUGGACCCUUUUUAAUGCGCUUCUAAACAGGCAUGGUGUGACUGCGAGGCGUGGUGAGGGUGAACAGUAGUGCUCCGGUGUUACGUUACGGAGAAGAUGGAUAGAAUAGACAUGGCAGUUCAUCACUUCAUCCGUGGAUGUCAAGAUGAGCAACUGGAAAGCCGCUGAGAUCCGGGAGAUGCUAGCUCUCCUCGGUCUCUGUAGCUGCUACUAACAGUCGCUACUUUCAAAUUAAAAGCCUCCACUAGGAAGCCAGUUGUAAAUUCGUAUGCGGUGCAAUGUAAAGCUCUUAUUUUGAAGAGUAAUUCGACCUGCUUCCUGUUAGCUGUCUGUGGCUUGAGGCAGCUAACGCGAGGCGCUCCGCUGCACGCUUCCUUUAAUAGCAGGAGUUUAACAUCGGAGUGUUUGACUGAGGAGGCAAGAAUAUGGGCCAGGGGUCUGUAAUUAAGUAAAUCUGUCAAGUGUCGCCACAUUUCCUCUGAUGCAUAUUUUGUACGUCACUGUUCACCCCAACUUCCUGCUUCACGUCACAUCACAUGUUUAUGCCUACCCCAGUGGUGCUUUUUGGGAAAGAAGGAAUAUUAAACCUCCCUUUUAGACAGACAGGGCGGCAGAGCGCAGCCUUUACCUUGCAGCAAAUGUGCCGCCUUUUCUAUCUAACAGGGGCUAGUAAUUCCUCUCUCAGCCAGUAGAAAAUGCUGAUUAUGACACCUGAUUAUGUGUGAAAAAAAAAAUACCGUCAUAUACCGUGAAACCGUUAUAUAAUACCAUGGUACACAUUUUUGGUCAUACCGCCCAGCACUAAUGAUGAUGAUGAUCAUGGUGAUGUUGAAGGUAUCUGUUGUAGAUUUUAGCAUCAUGACAUCAUGUUGGUGGGAUGGCUGUCACAGCAACAUGUAUCUCAGGGUCAAAGGUCAGAGGGGUUGUUGAGGAUGCCAAAGGCAUGAUGAUGAUGAUGAUGAUGAUGAUAAUGUUAUUUCUGUCUUCCAGUCGGUGCUACAGUUAGCAUGUUAGCUCUGCUAGCUGCUCUAAACACAGAGAAAACUUUGUAGCUGCUUCAUUCAUUUCAGUCAAACUUUAUUGAGUCGCAGCUGUAAAUUUACAAACGGAUGUUUGAUAGGAGAAUUUCAAUGAAGCUUUAUUGACACCAGCAACGUGAACACUGGUCACUGUGAGAGCAAUAAAACCUCCAAUAACUGAUCAGUACUUUGAUGAUGACAAUCAGAAGUCCUGACCAAUAAGAAGGCAGAGUUGACCAGCUGUGGGCGGAGUCAUACGGAUCAAAUCUGACCAGUCAUGUUUAGUUCAGUUUAACGAAACAGGAUUAAACUGAGUUUAAAUGUUGCUUCUGUCAGAAAACAUUCAAACCAUCAGAAAAUCUUUACAUUUUUGAGUGACAUACUGUUCCACUAUUUCACUCAUGUUCCUCAAAAAUACAUUUACUUUUUUAUUAAAAGA